UUUCCAAAAGGGAACCUAUUUUAAUUCGACUACUAGAUAUCAUUAUGAGUUACAAUAAAAACUGUGAAAGAUUUUUAUCCUCCUAUUCUUAUGAAGAGAGGAGGCAACCUUCUAACUCUCUCUACUGUCCUAGAGAGGAUGAACUUGAUAGUUCCAACGAGUUUUCAGGACUCUUUGAAGUCGCACAUGACAGCGAUUGGAUUGCAUCUAAUGAUAGACCUCUUUCAAGGAAGAGUGGCUCAAACCAAAUUGAGCUAAACCAAAACAAAGAAGAGUGUGGCGAUUCAUUUCCAGGUUCAACGGAUGUUGACAGUGAAGAAGAUUUCUUUGAAUCUCAAGUCGAAGCAAUUGAUGAACUUUCCGAACUGUUCGGGGAUGACUCAUCUAAUGCAUCCUCAGUCAAUAGAUCUUCUGGUUUCUCAAGACCAUCUAAUCCGAUCAUCAGAGACUCUCAAUUUUGAAUGCCAAGAUGUUCAGCUCCUGCUCCAUGCAUGCUAGGACAGAGGAAGAGCAACUUGGAAGUUUCAGAAAUGAAUUUUUCAAGAUCUUUUAAUUCAAAGAGGCAAGAUCUGAAUAGAGUCAACUAUAUUAAGCCUUCAGGGUCUAUCUUCAGACCUGUGGCAAGAGUAAACUCUAAACUUAUUUCCGGCCCAUCUGGUUCUUUCUAAGGAAAAUCCAGAUGGUGAUAGCUCAUGUAAACCUAUUAGUGAGCUGUCUUGCCAUUUUACUAAAUGUUUUCUAAUAACAAUAUUACCUUAAUUGUUCUCUUGGUUUCACCAACUCUGGGAGGGUACUUUAAAAAUAACCUAGAGGGUUACAGCCUUGGAUAGAUGGGAGUUCACCUAACUUCAUAAAAACUCGGUCAGAAUGAACCAUUUCAUGAAAUAUUAUUAAAGCAAUUAGCUUUUAGAAGUCCUAUUUCCAGAUUCACAUUAGCUGACAAGUAUCAAACCGUAUAAAUAGUAUUACGAUAGAUUAGUCUACCUUUGCUUGGAUCCCAGUGGGAAAUCAUCCAGAAAACUAGUGUGCUCAAAAGAAGUCUUUCUGCUCCUCUUUAGGAAUUUUUGCCGAUGAGAAUAAAUUGUUAUUUAACGAUACCCAAAUAAACUUUGGUAUAACAACGAAACCUAAAAGGAAUAAAUAGUGCCUCUUCUGCUAACCUCUAAGAUGACUUUUAGCGAAGUCGUCUACUGAAAAUGACAAAGAAUAGUCUAAGAAAUACUGGUGAAGUAUUCUCUUAUCUUGUCCUCACCAACUUUAUUUUAUCACUAGCUAAGAACUGCCUAAAUGGUAUCAACCAAAUUUUGCUGAAGGGCUCACCAGAAGAUGUAAUCACAAAUUAUCAAAGGAAGUUGAUUC